UACAUGUCUGGCCUCAACUAUCACCUCAGAAAAAUGGUUCUCAAUGGGAAGAAUUCUGUGUUGUAAAAGUUCUGCUUCAUAUACGUUAUCGAAGUCUCCAACAAUUAACUAUAAACGAUAUAUUUUUUUGGCCUGAUCUUUUCAGCUAUUAUAUUGAAAAAAUUGAAAGAGAUCUGGUUAAUUUAUUUCGUUCAUCUGUGGACAAUAUAGAUAAUUGUGAAUUUAGUGAUGAUAAAAAUAAAUAA